CCACCAUGUUCUCGGCACACUCCACACUAUCUAGCUUCUUCUUUCAACAAAGAAGAUGGCCCUUUCCACUUCUCAAUAUUCUUCCUUUUCUUCAAGAGUAAUCAUAGUCGCAGUCGCUGUUCUUGUGGUUUUCACAGGGACCUCCUCUGCUGAUCAGCUCUAUGAAGGUUUUUAUUCUAAAAGUUGUCCCAAUGUGUUUGGCACGGUCAAAUCGGUGGUUCACAAAGCAAUUUCAAAAGAACGCCGCAUCGGCGCUUCUCUCCUUCGCCUUUUCUUUCACGACUGUUUUGUCAACGGUUGUGAUGGGUCGGUGCUUUUGGAUGACACUUCCUCUGUCACAGGGGAAAAGACAGCAGGUCCCAACAAGGGAUCCCUCAGAGGUUUUGAGGUUGUUGAUAAGAUAAAGUCCGCAGCGGAGAAAGAAUGCCCCGGAGUGGUGUCGUGUGCUGAUAUCUUAGCCAUUGCUUCUCGUGACUCUGUUGUAAUUCUCGGAGGGCCUAAUUGGGAUGUUAAACUUGGAAGGAGAGACUCCAAAACAGCAAGCCUUUCUGCUGCCAAUAGUGGCCUCCCUCCUCCCUCUUCUUCCCUUAGCAACCUCAUCAAAAGAUACCGAGAUCUAGGUCUCUCUGCCAAAGACUUGGUUGCCUUGUCUGGAGGACACACAAUUGGGCAAGCCAGGUGUAUAAGUUUCAGAGAUCACAUAUACAACGACACCGACAUUGACAGUUCAUUUGCGAAGAUCAGACAGAGAAAAUGUCCGAGACAAACGGGCUCAGGGGACGACGAGCUUGCGCCUCUAGACCUCCAAACUCCAACAGCUUUUGACAACAGCUACUUCAAGAACCUUGUCAACCGGAAGGGUCUUCUCCACUCCGACCAACAGUUAUACGACGGCGGGUCCACCGAUUCUUUGGUUGAAACCUACAGCACCGACGCUGAAGCCUUCAGCUGUGACUUCGUCACUGCCAUGAUCAAAAUGGGAGACAUCGAGCCCCUCACUGGAUCGAAGGGUGAGAUUAGGAACAAUUGUAGGAAGAUUAAUUAAGGGAGAUCACAUCACGUCACACCCAUGCACCAAAAAUAAAAAAUAAUGGAGAUGGGUAUGAUUAAUCCAGCAAAACAUUUAUAAAUGAAUUAGUCAGCAUUAUUUCUCUUUCUACUGAAAGAAUUAAAUUAAAUUAAAUCUCGCCCAACAAUAAGGCGAUGUGGAUGUCUGUUAUAAGGUACUUUUAUCGAAAAGUCGGUUGUGUGACUUAUUUUCUAGAACUCGAGUCUUAAGCUGUGUUUGGAUUAUUGCAAAUUUGCAAUAAAGAAAUUGUAAGGAUCUUCUUGUGGAAUUAUAAAUAAUAUGGAGUUUAAUUACUUUGUCAUCA